AUGGGUUCUUUCUUAUCUGUUCCAAAGACUUCGAAUGAACCCAAACGUGCAACGCCACAGCAUAUCCUUGAUGGAAUUGAGGAUCUUAAGAGUCGAGGUGUUUGCUCAAAAUGUAUUCAGCGCCUCAUGUCUUUAGAUUUAUUAACUUCUAAGCGCCUUUGUCCAACAACAGAUCAUGAAAAUGACUGUAUUGCAUGUCAUGGUGUAUUACAAAUCAUACCCAAAGUUAAACAAAUUGUUUCUGAUGCUAUUGGACCUUAUUCAUAUCAUGAUGUUCAAAUAGAAAUUCCUCCAAACCUAAUAAAAGCAGACGAUAAGAUCUGCAGACAAUACGAUCUCGCAACUUCAUGCAAUAUCAAAAAUUACCUUAAAGCAAAACUAAAUCAUGAAUUACCACACACAAAUUCCGGACCUACACUAAUCCUUCACAUUGCCGGUCCAACAGAUAUACAAUGCAAGUUGAAAUGGCCCGAUUUAUUCAUAACAGGCCGCUAUUUCAAGAAAUCUCGAAGAGUUUCAAACAGUCGCUUCUUCAAAGGCAAUUCAAUAACUUCGGUUGAAACGGAACUCAUCAAAGAAUUCUCGAAAUACGUGAAAUGCUCACAGUUUACCUUUGCUUCUUCAGGAAGAGAAGAUGCUGAUGUCAGAAUGAUCGGAUCUGGCCGACCAUUUGCUUUGAAGAUGAAAGAUCCUGUUCCGCCACAUCCACCAAAAGAUAUUGACGAAUACGUUGAAAGCGUAAACGCUUUAAUUCCAAAAGAUAUUGAGUGUGAAAACUGCGUUGCCGCUGCAAACUGUCAUGUUGUGUUACAGCAACCAUCCAUGGAGCCAAAGCAUAUGAAAAGAUAUCGUUCUGUUGUUACAUUUACAAGACCUGUUUCAGAUGAAGAAUUACAGAGGAUAGAAGGCCUUGAGAACAUUGUUUUGCACCAGAGGACACCUUUGAGAGUUGCCCAGAAAAAGGAAAUUCAAGAUAGAGAGAGAACAAUUAUGAAAUUAGGUUAUCAAAGAAUAAGUCCAAGAUUUAUUUUACUUGACUUAGAAACUUCGAAGGGAACUUACAUUAAGGAGUUUGUGAACUCUGAUUUCGGAAGAACUGUGCCUAGUUUGGGACAACUUUUGAAUCCUGAUGAUCCUCCUCAAUGCCAGCUUUUGCAAUUAGACGUAGUCUAUGUUGCUGAGGAAUAG